AUGAAAGAAGAAGAGGAAGAAGAACAAGAAGAGUAUCCACCAAAGUACGGAAUUGAUGCGAGGAACGAAAUUCCCAGCGUGGCUGCUGCUGCUGUUGACCCGCCGCAACCUGCAGCGGGGGGAGGCAAUAGCAAUAAAGGACAGGAACAGGGAGCAGGAGGAGGAGGAGGAGGAGGAGGAGGAGGAGGAGGCUCAACAACAAGAGCACCAGGAAAGCAGCUUCAUCCCACUGCUGCUGGACGCUCAGGCGGCAACACCAAGCCCAACAGCAGCCAGUCAGUCGCCAGCGCGCAUCGCGGCAACAUGCCCGCGGAGUUGUCGCCAGCACCAACUGCAUUAUUGUCCACUUCAACGUCCACAAUCGUUGUGGUGGUGCAGUCUUCGUCGUCCAGCAGCAAUAACAAUAAUAAUAAUAAGGCUGCUUCUCAUCAUCAUCAUCAUCACUCGCGAUCAACAACCACCACCACCAUUGCUAGCACUACUACUACUGGUGGUGGUGGGAGGAGUAGAUCUGCGAGCACUGCACUGAGUGGAAGCAAGUCGUCUCUGGUGUCCAGCAGGAGUCGCAGUGGGUCAGUGUCCAGUGUGUCUAGUUGCGCCCGGUUCCCGCCGCCCGACUUCAAGUCCACCAAGUUGCCAAGGGCCACUUACUUGGACGCUCAGGCGGCAACACCAAGCCCAACAGCAGCCAGUCAGUCGCCAGCGCGCAUCGCGGCAACAUGCCCGCGGAGUUGUCGCCAGCACCAACUGCAUUAUUGUCCACUUCAACGUCCACAAUCGAGUCGCAGUGGGUCAGUGUCCAGUGUGUCUAGUUGCGCCCGGUUCCCGCCGCCCGACUUCAAGUCCACCAAGUUGCCAAGGGCCACUUACUACCGCUCCAGUGCGGCGAGCACCACGACGACGACGACGACCACGACCACCAACAACCAGCAUCAUGCUAUGAAAGUUGAUUAA